AUGGGCACUUUGGGUCCGCUCUGGGUUUUCUUCACUCUCGUCGUGCCUGGGGUUCUUGGUCAGUGUAAGUUGCUGCCCAAGUUUUCAUUUGCUAAGCCUCAUAUUGAGAUUGAUCAGUCUGAGUUUGCUGUUGGAACAUCUUUGGAAUACAAAUGUCUCCCUGGGUAUACUAAGAAAUCAUUCUUUAUCACCUGCCUAGAGACCUCCAAGUGGUCAGAUGCUCAGCAGUUCUGUAAACGUAAAUCAUGUAUGAGUCCUAAAGAACUCCUCCAUGGCUCCGUGCUUAUACCCACGGAUAUCAAGUUUGGGUCAACAAUUACAUAUUCUUGUAAUAAAGGAUAUCGACUCAUUGGUGAUUCAUCUGCUACAUGCAUUGUCUCAGACAAUAUUGUAAUCUGGGAUAAGAACAUGCCUUUUUGUGAAUCUAUUCCUUGUGAGUCACCUCCAGCCAUCUCCAACGGGAACUUCUACAACAACAAUAGAGACAUCUUUUCCUAUGGAGUGGUAGUAACUUAUCAUUGCCAUACUGGACGGAAUGGGGAAAAGCUGUUUGACCUAGUGGGUGAGGAGUCAAUAUAUUGCACCAGCAAAGACAAUCGAGUUGGCAUCUGGAGCAGCCCACCCCCUCAGUGUAUUGCUAUAGUCAAGUGCCCAAUUCCAGACAUUGAAAAUGGAAUUAGGGUAUCUGGAUUUAAACGCUUCUUCUCAUUAAAUGAUUCAGUAAUGUUUAAGUGUAGCGUUGGCUUUACUAUGAAAGGCAGCAGUAUAGUGUGGUGCCAGCAAAACAGCAAAUGGAACCCUCCUCUUCCAACAUGCUUCAGGGGAUGUCUACCACCUCAACAUAUCCACCAUGGUGAUUAUAACAAAAAGGAUAAGGAAUUCUUUUCAGUUGGACAGGAAGUAUUAUACAGCUGUGAGCCUGGCUAUACUCUCAUUGGAACUAGCCUUGUGCAGUGUACAGCCUUGGGAACCUGGAGCCAUGCAGCCCCCACAUGUGAAGUAAAAUCAUGCGAGGCCAUUCCAGACCAACUUCUCAAUGGCCAUGUGUUUCUUCCUCCUAAUCUCCAGCUUGGGGCAGAGGUUUCCUUUGUUUGUGAUGAAGGGUUCCGGUUAAUUGGCAAAUCUUCUAGUCAGUGUGUGCCAGAAGGAGUGACAGUAAUCUGGAAUAAUAAGUUUCCUGUCUGUGAACGGAUUUUUUGUGAACCGCCUCCUCAUGUUCAAAAUGGUCGGGAUCCUUAUUAUUCUCCUCCCAUACAUAUUGGAACUGUUGUAAAGUACAGUUGUUUACCUGGCUUCCGCAUCAUUGGAGAAAAAGUUAUUUUUUGUAUAAGUAAAGACGAAGUGAAUGGUACCUGGGAUAAAGUUGCUCCUGUAUGUGAACCUUUCAAUAAACAUUCUAUGUGCUCUGAGCCCAGAGUACCAGGAGGAUUCCGAAAUAGAGAAUCUAGACCACCAUUCAGACAUGGUGAUUCUGUGACAUUUACCUGUAAAGCCAACUUCACCAUGAAAGGAAACAAAACAGUCUGGUGCCAAGCAAAUAAAAUGUGGGGACCAACACCACUGCCAGUUUGUGAGAGAGAUUUUCCUUUGGAGUGUCCACCACUUCCCACAAUCCUUAAUGGACAUCACACAGGACAACACAUUGGCCAGUUUACUCCAGGACUGUCUGUGGCAUACAGUUGCAAACCUGGUUAUUUGCUUAAUGGACAAAAGACUAUUAAGUGCUUAUCUUCAGGAGACUGGAGUUCUGUCACCCCCACAUGCAAAGAGGCCAGGUGUGAGCCUCCAGGGAAGUUUCCCAAUGGGCAGGUAAAAGUGCCUCUGAGUCUUCAGGUUGGUGCAACUGUGCAUUUCUCCUGUAAUGAAGGGUACCAAUUACAAGGCCAACCUUCUAGUCAGUGUGUAAUUGCUGAACAGAAAGCUAUUUGGACCAAGAAGCCAGUAUGUAAAGAAAUUCUCUGCCCACCACCAUCACCUAUUCUCAAUGGAAAACAUACAGGCAGCUCUUCAGCAGAUGCACCAUAUGGAAGCACAGUUACCUACACUUGUGACCCAAGCCCAGAGAAAGGAGUGGACUUCAUCCUUGUUGGGGAGAAGACUAUUUAUUGUACCAAUGAUAGUCAGAAGACUGGGAUCUGGAGUGGCCCUGCUCCACACUGUGAACUUUCAACUACUGGAGUUCAGUGUCCAUAUCCACAGGUUCUAAGAGGGCAAAUAUUAUCAGUUUCGAAAGAUCAAUAUUCCUAUAAUGACACUGUGACAUUUUCUUGUGAUCCUGGCUUCACCUUGAAGGGUAGUAGGAGUGUACGAUGCAAUGCACAAGGCACAUGGGAGCCACCAACACCAGUAUGUGACAAAGAAUGCCAGGCACCUCCUAAAAUCUUCAAUGGACAAAAAGAAGAUAGUCACCUUAUUAACUUUGACCCUGGAACAUUCAUAAAAUAUAGCUGUGACCCUGGCUAUGAACUGGUAGGAGAAGAAACCAUACACUGCACCUCUGAGGGGAAGUGGACACCCAUUGCUCCCCAGUGCAAAGUGGCCGAGUGUAAGCCAAUAGGACCAUAUCUCUUUAAGAGACCUCAGGAUCAAUUUAUUAGACCAGCAGUCAAUUUUUCUUGUGAUGAAGGGUCACAGUUAAGUGAGAGUGCUUAUCAACUGUGUCAAGGUACAGUUCCUUGGUUUAUGGAGAUUCGUCUUUGUAAAGAAAUCAGCUGCCCACCACCUCCUGUUAUCCACAAUGGGAGACAUACAGGGAGUUCCUCAGAAGACAUUCCAUAUGGAACAGUGGUCACCUACAUGUGUUCUCCUGGGCCAGAGGAAGGAGUGCAGUUCAACCUUAUUGGGGAACACACCAUCCACUGCACACGUGACAGUCAAGGGAGAGGCUCCUGGAGUGGCCCUGCUCCUUUCUGUAAACUUUCUCUCCCUGCUGUCCAGUGCUCAGAUGUUCAUGUUACAAAUGGAUACAAGCUCUUUGGCAAGGAAGCCCCCUAUUUCUACAAUGACAGUGUGACAUUCAAGUGUAACAAUGGGUAUAUUUUGAGUGGAAGUAGUCAGAUUCGCUGCAGAGCCAAUAAUACCUGGGAUCCUGAAAUACCAGUUUGUGAAAAAGAAGGAUGUGAGCCUGUGAGAGAACUUCAAGAGCUUCCAGAUGAUUCACAUGUGAAACUAGUGAAUAGGGCCUGUCAAGAUGGGUACCAGUUGACUGAACAUGCUUAUGAGAAGUGUCAAGAUGCUGAGAAUGGAAUUUGGUUCCAAAAGAUUGCCAUUUGUAAAGCUAUUCUCUGUCAACCUCCACCAACAGUUAUCCAUGGCAAGCACACGGCCAUGUUGGUAAAGAACUUCCUAUAUGGAAGUGAAGUCUCUUAUGAAUGUGAUCAAGGGUACUAUCUUCAGGGAGAGAAAAGUCUUCAGUGCAGAAAUGAUUCUAAAGGACAUGGAUCUUGGAGUGGACCUCCUCCACAGUGCUUAUCAUCUUCUCCUCUUACUCACUGCCCUAACCCAGAAGUCAAACAUGGAUAUAACCUCAAUAAAACUCAUUCUACAUAUUCCUAUAAUGACACAGUGCUUGUUUCCUGCAAUCAUGGAUUCAUCAUGAAUGGCAGUCACUUGAUAAGGUGUCAUACUGAUAAUACAUGGGUACCAGGUAUACCAACUUGUAUCAGAAAGGCUUUCUUAGGAUGUCAGGCCCCAUCCACAAUCCCCAAUGGGAAUCAUACUGGUGGGAAUAUAGCUCAGUUUUCCCCUGGAAUGUCAGUCAUGUACAGCUGUUACCAAGGCUACCUGCUGACUGGAGAGGCACUUCUUCUCUGUACGCAUGAGGGAACCUGGAGCCAACCUACCCCUUAUUGCAAAGAGGUAAACUGUAGCUUCCCUGAGGAUACAAGUGGAAUCCAGAAGGGGCUGGAGCCUGGAAAGAUGUAUCGGUAUGGAACUACUGUGACUCUGGAAUGUGAAGAUGGGUAUACCUUGGAGGGUAGCCCACAGAGCCAGUGCCAGGGUGACCACCAGUGGAGCCCUCCCCUGGCUGUCUGCAAAUACCGCUCAUCUAUUCCUAUUGUUGGUGGUAUUUCUGGAGCCUCGGUAAUUCUUAUGCUCUUGGUUAGUGCCAGCUUGUGUAUGAUAUUAAAACAAAGAGAACGCAAUUAUUAUACAAACACAAAGCCUAAAGAAGCUCUUCAUUUAGAAGCACAAGAAGUAUAUUCUGUUGAUCCAUACAGCCUAGCAAGCUGAUCAGAAGACAAAUAGUUUUCUAGCAUGAACUUUGUAGAUAACCAAGCAUCCAAGAGAAGCCAAAAGGUUGGACACCUCUGAAUCUGAAGCUUUUCCUGUGGUUGUAAUGAACACACCUAACUAGGGACACUGACUUUAUUUUACUGAUAGCUUACUUUUCUGAUUUGGUUAAGCAUACCCAUUUAUGAUGAGGUUUUGUUCAUAAUACUGUGUAUUCUUUGCCUUUCCACAAUCAUUCCAUAAUUGCAGUUUUCCCGAGAUUUUGGAACUAUCAGAGUUGAGUUUUAAUCUAAAAAUUUGAUGUACAUUUCAA